GCUGCCUACAGUGAUUCCGAUUAGUUAUGAAGAUUAUAGAAGAAAUAAAAAAUCAAGUGGAGUAGGAAAUGAAAAAAAUGAUUGGGAAAUGCAUUGAGAAGAGAUAUGCAAAACUAACUGAUAAACUAAAAUAAGAAUUCAUUAUAAAGGUUGUGAGAGAUGGAUAAACUAUUAGAUAGGUAUAAUAUUAAUAUAAUUAAGGCAUCAAAAGACUUAUGUAUAAAUUAUUCUUCAGCCAAAGCAAUAAUGUCAAAUUAUAGAAAAUCUCUAUGUAGUAGAAAAUAGAAAUACAAUUUGGAACCAAGAUAGGUUAAAGUGAAUGACAAAUAUGACUGGAAGAAAUUUAAAAUUAUGACAUAUUGUGAAGAAACAUAAACUAAUGAAUAUACUAUGGAAACAUUUGCAUAGAAUAUCAAGAAAUCAAAUUAAGAUAAAGUAUUAAUAUGA